GGCUUUGACACACAUAUUUUACACCCAAUUAUCAAACCAUAUUACAAGGAUGGAUUUGGAAGCAAGUCAAUAGGAGAGCCACAAUGGAGACCUCAUCCCAGAAAUGCUUUGUCGGUACCAGACAGACUUGACAACACAGUGAAGUGAGUAGGACUCAGCCAACUUUCUUUGUAACCAUUUACUGACUCUUAUAACAACUACUGCUCUUCAUGUACAUGUAGGUCUUGGAAACAUUAGGUAUUGUAAAUAACCGUCCAAUCAAGGACUACACCCAUUGGGUACCUACAUGUAACUUCUUAUGAUAGGAACUCUCUAAAGUGGCAACUCUUUUGGAAUUGAGCUAAUAACAUUCUUGAGGAACAUGAAUGCUAACAUUCUGGGCUGAGUUGCUCAAAGCAUGGUUAGCUUUAACCAUUGGUUAAGCAGUAUCAAAACCAAUACGUUGUCAAGGUAUUAAACGCUGGUUAACGCUAACCAUGCUUUGAGCAACUGGGCCCUGAUUAUCAUGAACAGUGACCAGAAGUUUGGCACAACAAAAUAAAUAAGAAAUCAUUCUUUGGUUUUAAUGGCUGAUGUAGCAUCAACAUUGAGUCAGAAUGAGCAUAAGGGCCUUUUUGUAUGAACCCAAUUUACUAAGCUGGUCCCGGUUCAGAGAUCUUGCAUGCAUGACUUAUCCCUAGUUUCUUUGUAAACAUUUUGAUCUGUUCAUGAGAGAAAGGGAUGGCUCAGUUCCCAAGAUCUUGGUCUUUUCAACAGGGAGCUCUAUGGGUUAACUUAAAUGAGUACAGAAGUGUUCCCAUUGCUUUGAUAUCAGCAAAGAUUGGCCUAUUGAAAACCUCAUAGAAAUUCUUUGUUACCAAUGCUUUUAUUUAGAGGUGGCAAUGGGCUUGACUGGUUUUCUAGUCUCCGAUGUGCUUCUCUGGAGGAUACUUCACCUCAUACAUAUUCUGUGCCAAAGCAAGGACUAUUGCAAGUGCCGGCACAUUACAGUACAAAUGACAGCAACAGUUCACUGAGGGAACAAGGUAGUUGUGUGAUUCAUUAUUUUAAUUCUUGAGAUCCUUGGAAUUUUUAGUGUGGCUCACUUCCCUGUUAUAAAAUCCAUAUCUUACCUCUUGUAUUGUAAAUUGCUGGCAAAAACAAAACAAAACAAAAAAACAACAAACACAGCUACACGCUGAAAGUUCUUGGGGUUUGGUUUGGAAGAGAACCUUUUACUGUUUCUUCAAGUUUUGAUAAAGACCAGGUCCCAGUUGUUCAAAAGGUGGAUAGUGUUAUCCACUGGAUAACGCAGUUAGUCUUUUUAAUACUUAUCCACUGGAUAGCGCUAUCCAACUUUUGAACAACCAGGGCCUGUUAGUGAAUAUCCAGGGGCGGAUCUAGGGGGAGGGUGCAGGGGGUGCGCACCCCCCCUGAAAUGACUUGCGGCUUUCUAAUUAACACUGUGCAGUCUGCUUCACAGUUAUACAAAAUCUGCUUUAUCAUUUGAUAUGUAUUCUCAGCAGUCCUCAGUAUGUUAUUGCCUAGUCGAAAGCCUUCUUCUUCGUAUUUGCUAUUAAAAUUUGUUUACGUCACCAGUCAAUUACGCCAUUCCUUAGUAGUGCAUCCCCUCCUACGAAAAAUCCUGGAUCCGCCUCUGAUAUCCAUUGACACAGCUGGAAAUUAAAGAGCUUAAAAUUAGGAAACGUUCCAAGUAAAGGUGAGAAAUCUUCGCUUGCUUUAGACGUAUCACUUUUAAGCUUAACUGUGGAAUGGUCAAUAUCAAGAACUGCAUUACUAGAAAGUGCUCAGUGGUCAACAUAAAGAGUGAGAGACCAACACAUUAUGCUUCAGCUUUUUGAACUUUGUGUGACCCAAGUUUGAUAUUCUAUGUUUAUUGACUUCCCUUUUUUUGAAAUGAAAGCAAAAUUUACUUGUUGUGUCCUUUUUCAAGCUUUUGAGGCUCCUGAGAUAGCACCAAGAUCAGUACUAUUCCAGAAAGAAUUACUGGAAGAGAAGCCUACGCAACACCGGACCCAGAAUGAAUAUGACACUUAUGACGAUUUUGAGAAAAUUUAUGCCAGGAGACCACUAGAAAUUUCUUUAAGAAUGUCUGUUGGAGCUAAAAAAGAAGGUAUAAAAAAAAAACAAUUAAAAUUUUUUGUUUUAAUUAUUAUUUAAUGAUUAAAACUUGCUAAUAAUUAUUCUUCUUUUUAUUAUUAUUUAUGAUCCAUAUUGUAAUUGAGGCAUUGUAGAGACUCAAAGCCCUUAGUUUAUCGGGGUGGGGAUUGUACACAGUGAUGAAGGGCAAGGAUGUCUAUUUCUCUCUCUAAGGUUGAGGAAUUAAAGUACAUGUAGUGAAGACAAAAUAGAAUUUACUUCUAAAUUUGUCACUAAUAAUGUUACCUGUAUUUUAAAAUGUUCUUGAUUUAGUAUAUAACAACAGAAAUGGCAUUCCAGCUACAUCACUAGGAGACAAGAGUUAUCAGGUACCAGAAUAUUCACCGGAUUUCCACAAACAUGGCAGCACAAGACCGGUUAUUAACUUUGGGUAAGAACUUAUUAUUUCUUUCUCAUCCAUCAGCAAAACUGGGCAAGAACUAUCCAUCUAUUGUUAAUGGCCCCUCUACUGGUGUAAAAAUAAAAAUUAUGUCAGGAAAUCCAAUCACAGACUUCAACAUUUCCUUGUUUGGCUUUGGAAGCACCUCCUGGGUCCAUUGCCACAAUGUAAUCUUGUACCCAGAUCUCAGUCUGUCUUAUGCUGGAAAGUGAGAGUUCCCUUUCCCUUGGCCUUGGGAGAUCUGGGUACAAGAUUAGCCACAGUGCAUGCUGUAUAAUUUGUUAAUUACAUAUGAUAUGGGAUACCACUGGGUUUUCCGAUGAGGAAACAAAGCCUAUAGUCAUCUAAAACUGCAAUAGAUUUUCACUUGUUUAAUAUAUCAUCAGUCCCUAGAGCAUCCCAUAUAUUUGCCCCGUUCAUUUAUGAAUGGUCUUUGACACUUUAUCAGUCCGGAAUAUCCCUAAAUUUAAGGACAGGGCCAACUGGUCAUGUGACACUUUUCAACCAAAAUUAUGAGAAGGCGCACUUGUGUUUAUCAACAAACAAAUCAAAACAUUGCCCCGGUGAUAAAAAAUGUUCAAAACAGUACUCGUCUAGGUCUCACAUUAAUUUUAAUAUUUCAAAGAAAAGAUUUCAUUUAAGAGAAUAAGAGCAUUAUUCAUUGCAAGGAAUCACUGGGGUGUUUGAACUGAUUCUGGACCGAUCGCAGAAGUCGUGGCUUCACUGGCAUGACUUGCAAGAUUUUUGAUAGAAGCAAACUGGUCCCGUGUAAAAAUAGCCUUAUAGAGAGUGUGAAAAUUUGUUGAGAUCAUACAAAAGAUGGAUUGGUACUGCCUAUUAACUUGUACAGGACAAGAAUCAAAGAACCAGUCAUCAUAACAAGAAUAAAAAGUUGUUCAAAUUUAUUAAUUUGUUUGUUUGUUUUUUUGUGUUGUUUCGUGCUGACUUCACGCAUCUGGUGCUUUCUUUUGCUGUAGUACCUGCAAUUUUAUCCCAGAUAAUCAGUGCAUGUUCAAUGAGUAUAGUGAAAUACAUCAUUUACACUUGAAAUUUGCCUUCUUUCUUUGAUGUUUUUUAACGGUAGAUGAACAUUUGGAGAAUCCAACAACAUUAAAUCUUUCCAGAUUUGGUGAAUUUCAGAAACAAAGCAGUUAGUAUCUACCUUGUGCUUAUGAUCUUCAAUUUCAUCCCCACAAAUCGGCAAAGUGAGGCGAGAUAUGUUGGACGUGAAUAUCUAUAAGACUAAUAAAGUUGUUUUGGCCUUGAAAAGAAAAAAGGCAAAGGCUCGUACUAAUACGAAAAAAAGUAAUAAUGUGUACGUGUUUUGGACCUUGGAAUUCAAAAAUUGUCUACCAAAAUUCUAGGUUGUCUACCAUUCCCACAUUCAACAUGAUAAAAGUUAAUCAAUAUGACAAUUGAGAAAAAAUCAUCUAGAACUUUGUAAAAAAUUUGUGAAUCAAAAAAAUAAUAGAUACUUGUUCACUUACCUCGAAAACCGACCAAAAUCUCGCCUAUACAUCGCGUUGUUUAAAAGAAGAAAUAGCUAGGCCACAAAAUGUACUGAAUAUUUCACGAGACACUUCCAAUAUGGCUUCCGAUACGCUGUUCACUUAAAAAAAUUGCGUAUGCCUCAUGAAAAGUCUUAAAAAUAUGCCUGAGAGCCUCGAAACGAUCACUGAUUCUGUCCGACUCCUUCUGCUGUUUUGAAAAUUUUUGAUUUGUUUGUUGAUAAACACAAGCACGCCUUCUCAUUGGUUGAAAAGUGUUGCGUGAACGGUUGGCCCUGUCCUUAAAUUUAGGGAUAUUCUGGACUGUUUAUAAGUCAUUAUCUAUACACAUGGUAUCAUAUUAAAAUCUGCAUUUAUUGGACACUAGAGGUUUCCUUGAGGGUGUCUGCUUUAACCCAUGUAAUGCAAGAAGUUUUAUUGUAACAGUUAUAAUUUCUCAUUUUUAGAAAAUACAUUUAAAAACUUCUCAGGGUAAUAAAUUGUGCUUUUAAAAGCAUUGUCAAAACGAGAAAUAUUAUCAGAAGUAACAUCAUUUGGUGUUUCUAUGUAUCCGUGGAUUCAUGUAGACCAAAAUGUUGAAUAAGUAUGAUUCUACAACUAACGUCUUGUUUUAUUGUGUUGUAGGGGAUCUCUUAAGUAUGUACCAGAUACCUUCGUUCCUCUCCAGGAUCUGCCCAUGAGACCCAGGUAA